UUCGCCAACCUCCUAUAAAUGCAGAGAUAAGGUCCUAGUUUCCACUCCGCAAGACUCCCCUGCUCCUGAGAUCUCAGCUCAGUCGUCCGAAGGCAUCAUGAGGCUCCUUUACCUGCUUGGCUUCCUCCUCCUCUUCCUCUACCAGGCUGCACCAGCAAUGGGAGUCCCUCAUACUACUCAGCAGUGCCUGAACCGUGGUGGCCACUGCCGGAGACAAUGCUUCAACAAUGAAAGGCGGGUGGGCACUUGCAACACUGCGCAGGUUCACUGCUGCAGGUGAAGGAAGGCCGCAGCGGCAGCAGAAACGGACAGAGAAAUGGACAGGGCACUUCCAAAGCCCCUCAAACUGGAUGCCUUCUUUAGCAGAAAAAUAAUAAUAACCAAAAAUCAUGUGUGGUUUUACUAUAUCAUUAAAUAAACUGUGCACUUAA